CUGUGCUACUAAGGCAUCCCUAAGAAAUGUUCCUCUUGAAGGGAAACUGUUCAUCUGCUGUCUGCUCUAGAAAAACACUGUGCAUCCUGGUCGGUCUGCAGGGAAUUUGGCUCAGUCACUGACUGGGGCUCCAUAAUUUCUGACCCCACCACCCCCCUCCCUAAUCAGUUGCCCUCCCCCCACGUUGCCCUCUGACUCACCUGAGACAAGAGAGCAGAGUACCUGCAGAUCCCUCCCCUCUGAGUACUGCUCGUUCACCUGGAGAGAGAGGACAUACGAGACACGGGAUGGACAACAGCUAUGCUCUCUCUCACGCCGUGCUGGCUGCUUGACUCACUUUGUUUUGGGGGAGAAAUACAGAGGAGCGCAGAGAAGAACUCGUGCUCUCCAGGAUUAGAAUUUUAGCGAGAGCCUGUCCUGAUCGCAGAAGCGAGGUUUUGCAGGAUGAUCUUGGGUACGUCUGAGAGAUCCAAUUUCUGCUUGUUCAAUUUUGGAAGCAUCAAUCGAACAGGGGCUAUCCCCACAUUUCUGCGGACCCCCACGGUGAUCCAGCCUCAUCUGGAUAUGAAGCCCUUCCUGCAGUUUCCAAUGGAGACCGCUCCUCCUCACAGCGUUGGGCUCUUCCACAAUUUCAAUGCGAUGGAUCCUGUUCAGAAGGCAGUAAUCAACCACACCUUUGGAGUGCCACUGGUCAAAACCAAACGACCAAUCAUUUCUUGUAACGUCUGCCAGAUCCGAUUCAACUCAGAGAGUCAGGCAGAAGCCCACUACAAGGGGAACCGCCAUGCUAGGAGAGUCAAAGGUAUCGAGACCUCUAAGAGCCGCCCACAAGAGAGUGAAAAACCUCCUCCUGGGCCCGUCUCUUCUCCUUCACCUACAGGACCCCUGCAGGCCAGCUCAGACACUGACCCCAGCAAAGCAGAUGAGACGUGGCCCACACCACAGUUAAACGGAUCCACAUUGGCCCCGGGGCCCUUGGCUGUUUCAGCUCCUCCAACCCCAGAUUCCCCUGGCUCUUCUGCAUGUCCCCUUCUGACCACCCCUACAACCCCUCAACCACCCCCGGCCUCCUCCUCAUCCCCCGGCUGUGGCUACACAAACCCAGAGCAGGCAGGCACUGGGGCCUCUGGAGCACCAUCAAUCACCCCCAGCAACCCUGAGACUGAAGAGGACAAAGCCAAGAAGCUGCUUUACUGCUCACUGUGCAAAGUGGCCGUCAAUUCGCUCUCCCAGUUGGAGGCCCACAAUAAAGGCACUAAACACAAAACCAUUCUGGAAGCCCGCAGCGGACUGGGCCCCAUUAAGGCAUACCCUCGCUUGGGUCCGAAGCCCAGCGGCGAGCAGGGAGGAGGGGCAGCAGACCCCAACACUCAGGAACGCACCUUCCACUGUGAGAUCUGCAAUGUGCGGGUCAACUCAGAACUGCAGCUUAAACAGCACAUAUCAAGUCGGAGGCACCGGGAUGGAGUGGCAGGAAAGCCCAACCCCCUCCUGAGCCGACACAAGAAGCACAGGGGUGCUGACCUUGCUGAUCUCACCAAAGCGUUAGGCGCCGGCCUCCUGCCUAGUCCUCUGGCUGUUGCCGCAGCGAUGGCUGCUGCCGCCUCCUCCAAUCCGCUGGGUCUCCGCGCAGCAGCUCCCGCCCCCCAUCCGCAUCAUCACCUCCUGCAGGGUCCGCCCCUCAGCCAUGCCAUCUUGAGACCAGCUCCGGGCCCCAUACGCACCUCACACGGGCCAAUCCUCUUCUCUCCGUACUGACUCCGCACCCACCUCCUUAGCCAACCACAGCCAGUCGGGAGCCUCACCUCCAAAAGCACACUGUGAAGAAAAAAAUUAUAGUGAAACACCACAGCAAUGACACGAAUCAACUCAUCAACAAUAAAGUCAACUUUUAAAACAAGUAGAAGGGGGAGAAAAGUGAGAGAAACCAAGAAGGUCUUGCGAAUAGGCUUUCUAACCCUGUUUCCAUCACCCUUUACUGCCUCCUCCGUUAUUUUUGGAUUGAGUGAUUUAUUCAUUGGUGGAUGGAUGGAUGGAUGGAUUGAUGGAUGGACAGAUGCAGGGAUUGUUGGAAAAGAGCAAUAUUGUAUUCUGAAUGCAUUUGACAUCCUUUUUCAUUCUCUUCUGUUUUUCCCUCUAUUUAUAAACACAUACUGUGAGGUAGCAGCAGUGACAUUGUAGCCAGACAUGCUGAAAAUGAAUUAGGUAACUUUAUAGAGACCCCAGAAAACACAUACAAACACACAAAGACUACACUUAACUGUUUCUGUACAUGCUGUGUGCUACAGUACCUUGUCAUUCUGAUUUUGCAUCCUAAACCCUAUGCACCUUGACAAAAAUCUACAGAAACCCUGUUAAAUCAGUAUGGUAGCUGCUUGUAGUAGUCUUCGCUGUAUUCAACUUGUUCCCUGUCUGGCUUUGGCUUCAGAAAGCAUAUUUACAAGAGGAAAACACUUCAAUGCAGUUCCACCAGUUUCCAUAUCAAGUAGGAAACUGUGGGUAGGCUUGGUCUAAGGAUGCCUAACUCUUUCCGAAUGCUGGCUCGAUGCUAGUUUAGUGAAGCAUCUCCACCAAAUCUAGUGUUAGAAGCAAAAUACAGUGGGCUGCAUUGUCAAAAAGGUUCUUUCCAAAAAGCGAAAGGAGAAAUGUAGAAGAGACACAACAUAUCCCUUUUGUGUAGCUUUUACAUCCCUUAGUGCUAGAAGCAGGUAAUGUGUCUGACUGAAAACACCCCUGACCCCUCUUAGAUCUUAGAAGACCAGUAGAUGUCUAUUUAUUCUAUUGUGUAGCGUAGUUUAGAUUAAAAUAUCAAAGCUGGCUGACAAAGAAAAUAUUCAGAAAUGGACGUAGAGGAUGAUGUAACUGUUAGUAAACGCUAAAAUAGAUGGACGGGUACUUUGGUUCUCUGAGAAAGGCAACAAUCCUAAGCACACAUUUGGACUUACAGGCUCCACGGUUCAUUUGGUCUCUCUAUGUUCUAUGGAGAAUGGAGAUUAUGCAACCCCAAUGAAAAAGUCUGAAAGCUUUUGACAAGCAAUAUGGCCCCCUUCUAAUUCUCUGUCCAACUUUCUGCCUGCAUCUCAGCUAAGGACUGACACCACAUGACUGUCAGCUACUCCAGCAGCAUGCAAGAGAGUGUAUAAAAGAAAUAGAGUUUAGUUAAGAAAAAGGCAGAGAAGAUGUGGGCUGACACGGAGGAUGCAAGGUCACAGAAGACAUGACUGUGCAAUGUCCCUUUUUGGUAUGAACUUCCUGUCUUGAAACUAAAGCCAUGCAAUGCAUAUUAUUUUUGUUAUUUUAUUAGGAACAAUUAAUGCUAAUGUUUUGUUGUUAUUUUUUGUUCAUUUUCAUAGCACACUGUUACGUUGAACAAAUAUUGUUGUGGAAAUUCUGAAAAAAAAAAAUCAAACAAAAACAGGAAUAUUUUUCUAUAAAAGAUUGAAAACCUGCACUUGGGGGGGGGGGGGGGGGGAUCGAAAUGAGGUGGAAUGUGGCCUAAUCAUUGUAGAUAAUGUAUUUGGACAAAGUGAAGUGCUCAUAUGGGUGAAAAAAGAAAAACCAAGCAAGGACACCAAGUACUUGUGGACCUGGUGCCCUUCCAUUGACAAGCAAAGUGCAACAAUGUCUUACUGUUGUUUGGAUAUUGCAAUGCAAUAAGCAGUUACAUUUGUUACAUGUUGUAGAUGAGCAUAAACCUAAUGUACUGGGUUUUAUAAAUGGUUAUGUAUGCCUGCUGAUAGGCUUCCAUGUUCUUCCACAGAGAUAUUAGCCUUUGCAGUACAGAGGGUGGGAAUUUUGAGCAAGAAAUGGGUACCCAAAGGGACUUGGCCCUUCAUAUUAAAGGGUCUUAUCAAUAUCUGAGUGGGAGACAGGGUAUAAAUCUAAAGCAAACAAUGUGUAGUCAGCCAUAGCCUUUGCAGAUGUUGCUUAGCUUAACCUUUUGUUUGUUCGUGGCAUUGUUGCAUUGUGUAGGAAGUAAGUUUCAUACAUCAUGAUAAUGCCAUUACUUCAUGCUAACUAUGGUUAGCAUCCACCAUCGUGUUUUUGAUGGAUUUUACCUCUGUUUGGCGAUGUAUUUUGUUUUCUCAUUAGUUCUUAGGCACUAGGAAGGGUGCUGCAGUUCAUGUAGGUGUGUAUCGUGUAGUGUUGUGUGUGUGUACAGAUAGAACCCGGCCUGGGAAAAGAAACCUUCAAUAGCGUAGGGGCUAGCAAUGGACUAAAUGGAGCUUCUUGCUAUCUGGGACAGUUAAUCCAAAAAUUUUAAUUCUGUCAUCAUGUACAUACCCUCAUGUAAUUUUAAAACUAUAUGACUUUCUUCCGUGGAACUCAAAAGUUUAGCAGUUUAGCAGGGUGUUAAGCAUGUUAGCAGAGUCCCGAACAUUUUGUCUAACAUCUCCUUUCAUGUUCCAUGGAAGAAAGGAAUUCAGACAGGUUUAAAACCACAUGUGGAUGAGUAAAUGACAAGAGAAUUUUUGAGUGAACUAUCCCUUUAAACUGCAAAACUGUAAUCAGCUGUUUCUAUCCCAAACGUAAUUAUCAUAACAAUGAGAAGGUGAUGUAUUCGUCUGAUUUCAGAUGUCGAUUUCAGGGGACUGCUAUUUUACUAACACCAUGCGCACUGACACAUGCUGUAGUUUGAAACUGGGUGUACUGUCCACUGAAAAGCUGAGAGCCCAGUAUCACAGCUAAAACAGAUUCGCUUAAACCCAUCUGUCAACUCUGUAAAGACCAUGUUCAUCCUGUAGUCAUCCCUGAAAAAUGUGUCAUCACUGUACAGAAUUGUCUAGAGCUCUUUGGUAGAUUUGUUCAACCUUUCAGGGCAGGUGUUAUGUUGGUGGUGAAGUCUAUUUUAGCCUUAGCCUUAUUCCACCCUAGGCCUCUCCAGAAGCGGACGCAUAAUGGAGAAGCUUUGGUCAAAACCUUGUCUUGCCAAUAAAGCUAUUUUUUAAUUGAAUUGUCAGAUGGGAAAACAGUAUGUGUGAUGGAACAUAGCAAUAUUCAUCUCAUACUGGCUACUCUUGUUUAUUGCAAUAAGGAAAUCAACCAAUAGAUGCAUAUAAGAGUAAAAUAUUAUAGAUGUAAUUUAAAUUAAACACAGAACAUUAUGGAAAUACUUGGUAUCAGAAAAACUUGGAGUUUUCACAUGGGAAAAAAUAAAUAAAUGUCUAUAAAUCAAUAAAGAAUAUUAAAACUCA